AUGGACCUCCUGGGAGCAGCCCCUGUUGUCGUCCUGGUUUGCAUUGCUUGCCUGCUCUCCUUCGCAGCAUGGAGAGGGAGGUCUGGAAAGGGGAAGAUGCCUCCAGGACCGUCUCCUCUUCCCAUCCUAGGUAAUGUGCUGCAAGUGAAACCAAAGAACUUGGCCAAAACCCUCCAGAAGCUUAGUGAAGAGUAUGGACCCGUGUUCACAGUGCACCUGGGCUCUGACCCAGUGGUGGUGCUGCAUGGACAUGAUGUGGUGAAAGAAGCCUUGGUUGAUCGCGCAGACGAGUUUGCUGCCAGAGGACGCAUGCCAAUAGGAGACAGGGCUAACAACGGAUUUGGGAUUAUUUUUAGCAAUAACGAGGAGUGGUUACAAGUCCGGCGGUUUGCUCUCAGCACUCUGCGCAACUUUGGAAUGGGGAAGAGGAGUGUUGAAGAGAGGAUCCAGGAGGAAACUGAGUACUUGCUGGAAGAGAUCAACAAAACAAAGGAAGCACCUUUUGACCCAACCUUCAUGCUGAGCUGUGCUGUUUCCAAUGUCAUAUGCUCCAUCGUCUUUGGGAAACGAUAUGACUAUAAAGACAAGAAGUUCCUGGCCCUGAUGAACAACAUGAACAACAUCUUUGAGAUGAUGAACUCCCACUGGGGACAGCUCUACCAGAUGUUCUCAAAGAUCCUGGAUUACUUUCCUGGCCCACACAACAGAAUAUUCACAGAAUUUGAUGCUCUAAAAGCCUUUGUGUCAGAGGAGGUGAAGAUGCAUCAAGCCUCCCUAGAUCCCAGCUCCCCUCAGGAUUUCAUCGACUGCUUCCUCAGCAAAAUGCAGGAGGAGAAAGAGCAUCCCAAUUCCAGUUUCCACAUGAAGAACCUGAUAACCAGCACCUUCGACCUGUUCAUUGCUGGAACUGAGACAACUAGCACCACCGUAAGAUAUGGGCUUCUGCUUCUUCUCAAAUACCCAAAGAUACAAGAGAAAGUUCAAGAAGAGAUCGACCAGGUAGUAGGCCGAUCACGAAGACCUUGCGUGGCUGACCGGACCCGGAUGCCCUACACAGAUGCAGUGGUCCAUGAAAUUCAGCGCUUCAUCUCCCUUGUCCCCCUGAGUGUCCCUCACACUGUGACCAAAGACACCCACUUCAGAGAGUACAUCAUUCCCAAGGGCACCACAAUCUUUCCCAGCCUUGAUUCUGUCCUCCAUGACAGUAAAGAGUUUCCAAACCCAAAUGAGUUCAACCCUGGACAUUUCUUGAAUGAGAAUGGCACCUUUAGGAAGAGUGAGUUCUUCAUGCCCUUCUCAGCAGGGAAGCGAAUAUGCCCUGGAGAGGGCCUGGCACGCAUGGAGAUAUUCUUACUUAUCAGCACCCUCUUGCAGAACUUUACCUUGAAGCCUGUCGUUGACCCCCAGGAACUCAGCAUAACCCCAACACUGAGCGGGACAGGCAAUGUACCUCCUGCCUACGAGCUCUGUGCUCUCCCCCGCUAAAAACCACAAAACCUCUCUCCACAGUGUCCUGAGCCUGGCUACUGCUUUACAUCGCCCUUACUAGAACCAAUGGCAGGAGCAUUGGCCCGCUUUCCCAAGGCUUCCAAGAAGGCAGCCCAAACACAGGUGCAUGCACAGA